CAUAUUUGUCCAAACUUGCACGAUCCUGAUUGUCCCGCCAGGACAAGCACGAAAUGGAGAUUGUCGUUAAAGUUGGCUUUCCCCUCAUACAUCGUGUUAGUAAAACUUACUAGGUGUGUAGUUUUUGCAUCUUUGUAGUGGAAGCGGAUCGUUUUAAUUUAUUACUUGCUUUUACAAUUAGAAAAAAGAGAUUUUGAACAUGGCUACCAGAUCCAAAGAUAAAAUUAAGGCAAUGAUUGCUAAAGAUGUUUCAAAUAUUUAUAAUUACUAUACGGAAGUAAAGAAAUCUAUUAAUGAUAAUCUGGAGAAUACCAUUGAGUAUUUACAUACUUUACUAACUCAAAUACCGCAAUCAGCAUCUGGUCCUUUAAUUCCGAAAACACCCAAGAUAACAAGGAAGAAGGGAGUACAACGUAUUGAAACUAUUCCAGAAGAUGAUGUUAUUGCUAUUGACACUACAGUAUCGGAAUCUGGAUCUAUAAAUAUAAAAACAAACCUUAAAGACAGCGCUGAAGUAAGUUCAUUAGAAGUGACACAGAGUCGAACAAAGAGAAAAGCUUCAGAAAGAGCAAUAAACAUUAUUAAAAAGCAACAAUCAUUAUCAAUUAAUACAAAGAUGAGAAGGCCUUCGGUGUUUGAUGAAGAAGAGGUGCACUUAAAGAAAAAACACGAAAGUCGAGCGAAGAGAAAGAAAUCUUCAAAGAACAGCUCGGAUGAAGAGUCCAUUCAAGGUCCCAGGAAACACAGUAAAACAGAAGAAAGUAUGCUAAGAACUGCAAAAGCUUCAAUAGAAGAAAAUGUAGAUAAUGAUUGUACUUUAAAGGAAGAGGAAAUGAUGGAAACUGAAAAAAUUAAAGAAUCACGAAAAUCUUCAUUAACACAUCAGUCCAGUAGGGAAAGAACAUUUCCAUUGAGUAAUAAAAACUCUAAUAUCAUGAACGACACAGUUAUCGCACCAAAAGCAGGAAUUCUCGACGAUCCUUCGAUGUACGAGGACGCAAUCGAGAAAACUAUGCCAAUUAUGAAUUCAACAAUGAAUUUAAACUCCACUCAUGUUAUAAGUAAAAUGAUGAACGUGACAGUAGUUCUGGAACCUUUGUCAGUGACCAAAUUGAAUGAAACUGUAACAAUCAAGCAGAACAAUAAGAACAACAUACAGAAACAAAGUCAGCUGAAAAACAGUGAGUCACAGUCUCAGUUCAAGUCGCCUCCAAUGUCGAAAGUUCAGUCGCAGUCCGAGUCUAAGUCGCCUAGAACGUCGAAGGUUCAAUCGCAGUUUGAAUUCAAGUCACCUGAACUGAUGAAGACUCGAACAUCUAAGAGAUCAAAGACUCAGUCGCCUACGACGUUAAAGAUUCAAUCACCUUCAAAAGCCCUGCAGGACAGGAUGCAACAGUUAAAAAACACAAUGAUAAACAAAGAGUUCGACGAUCUGAUAACGGACGACGAAUCAUCCCCAGAGAUUAAGAAACAUCGCCCUAAUCUAAAGAAGCAAGAAAUGCGGAAACGCCACAAGCGUGAAGUAAGCUCUACGACGUCGAGCGAAGAUGAGGUCCUCAAUACACCUGCAAAAACUGUUUCAAAGGGCGUAAACUCAGGCAUGACACUAAAAGAAAUUAGAAACACGUAUAAAUCUAAUGCUCUAUUCAGUCCUUAUGCCAAAGAAUCUGUUAAGAAAAGGGUGGAGGCUUUUGAACAAGUGAGUAUGCCUAGUCCGAUGUCUGCAGUUGAUGUUGAUGCACCUACCAGGUUGACUAGAACAAAAACAAGAGCCUUGGCUGCUGCACAAGCAGAGGUUUCGGAGAACAUAAAAACUGCAGAGAGAACAGUUGCCCAGAAAUUGGCGCGCAAGUCAUUGGCGAAAGCUAAAAAGAUUUCGUUGGCGAAGCAAGCUAAGGAAUUAGAUGAAUAUAAAGAGAACAAGGUUCAAUCUGCUCAGAAAAGCAAACUACAAGUUCCGGUUAAAGGAAGCAUUAUUCCGCAGCAGAAAAUGACACCGCUGGGAAAGACUAAGAUUCAAUUGCCUAUGUCUGUUAGUCGUAUUCCCCAAACCCCAUCGAAUACUCCUAUUCAGCAUAAUAGCAGGCCAUUAAUCGCAACGCGUACAAAUGUCAUCACAUCAGUAGAGUCAUUCAUUCAGCCUUCGAAAACUGUGAACAAACGCAAUUCUCUGGACAAAUUGGACGACAAGAGGCGCAAAUUGAAUGACGAGGACGCGAGGAAGAAACGGGACGAGGCACUGAGACUUCAAACGGAGGAGAAGAGAAGGAAAAGGCAAGAAAAAGAAUUGAAGAACAAGUUGGCGAGAGAGGCCAAAGAGAAAAUGGAGGUGGCAAAGCGUUUGAAAGCUGAGAAAGAAAGAGAAGAAAAAAUGCGUUUAGCGCAACAGGUGCAGGAGAAGCAACGCGAGGAAAUUGAGAAAAAACGCAUGGCUCAGUUGCAACGAGCUCAUGAAAAAGAAGAAAGAAGAAGACAAGAAGAGCAGCAACGUUUGCAACGUUUGCAGGAACAAGAAGACGCGGAGAGAAUAUUGGCCGAACAAAGACGUCGGGAACAAGAGGCUGAGAAACGAAAAGAAUUGGACGUGAGGGCUCAGCAGCAGAUGAACGCCGAAGCAUUAAGACUAAAGAAUCAAAUGCUUCAGGCACAAGCAAAAUACGCAAAUAAACAUCAGGGUCCAAUGAACUACGUUUUGGAUAGUGAACCUGACGAAGACGGAUCUGACGAUGAGUCUAAACCGAAACAUGAAAUUCCGUACUGGGCACAACCACACAUACGUAAAGGACAACUUGCAAUGCAACGAUAUGUCCCAGGAAAUGCAAUCCUCAGUUUCUUCGACUCGAAGAAGUGCACACCAGAUUUAACAGAAUUAUUCCAAGGUAUAGACAGAAGUAGAUUAAAGCGUACGUCCAGUGCAAUCUGGAAAACACCGCCUCGUUAUUCUAUGAUGGAAGCCGAAUAAAAAAAAGGUACAGUUUAUCGAAUGCAAUGUUGUUAAUUACCCAGUUAUGCCUUAAACCGAUAGUGCCUGUUAAUACCGUGUUGUAACGUAUGUGAUAUAAAAAUGAUGUUAUAUCAUAUCAGCGUCGAAAAGCUAUAAUCAAUUUGAUAUGACAUCAAUGAUUGUAAGACUGCUGUUUUUUAAUGUACUAAUUUUACCAAUUUGGCAAAAUACCACCGCUUUCAUUAUAUUUUAUUUAUGCAUCAUUAGUUAUCGCUAAUUAAUAAGUAGUUAUACAAAUGCGAUAGUUAUUAACAAGAAAUAGAUUUUAUUCAAUGUAA